GGUUGGGGGUUCCAGGCACCGCCGUGUUGCUGUCAAAGCUGCGUGUGACACAGAAAGAAGACCCUAAAGCCAACCAGAUGACACUGGACAACAUGAAGUCCGAGCGAGAUGCGACAGAGGAGUUUUUCGAGUAUGACGCAGAGGAAUUCCUGGUGUUCCUGACCUUGCUCAUCACAGAGGGAAGGACACCAGAAUAUUCAGUAAAAGGCAGGACCGAGGGGCUGCACUGUCCCCCAGCUCAGUCGGGCAUGCCUCCUCUUCACAAGCAUGACUGCAGUGACAAACUGCCUCAGUGCCGGCAAGCCAGGCGAACCCGUUCAGAGGUGAUUUUGCUUUGGAAAAACAACAUCCCUAUCAUGAUCGAGGUCAUGCUGUUGCCAGACUGUUGCUAUGGUGACGAGUGUCCCCCUAGUGACCCCAUCAGUGACCCAGUCAUCAAACAAGAUGCUUUGCUGUUGGAGAGGUGGACCCUACAAGCUGUUCCAAGACAAAGCGGUGAUCGUUUCAUUGAGGAGAAAACCCUGCUAUUGGCUGUACGCUCCUACGUCUUCUUCUCCCAGCUCAGCGCCUGGCUCAGCGCCUCCCAUGGCAUUGUCCCCAGAAACAUCCUGUACAGGAUCAGUGCUGCUGAUGAAGAUUUGGUGUGGCAGUUUUCCCAGCCACCAUCAGAGCACAUUUUUCCUGUCCCCAAUGUAUCCCAGAGCGUUGCCCUGCAGGUCCGUGUCCAGUCGCUCCCCCGCCAGCCCACCUAUCCCACCUUGGCUUGUAGCAUCCACACCGGCCUGCCUCCGAUUUACAGCAAGACCCCCAGCCUCAAUCCAAACCUCAGUAGCCAUGGUGGCCUGCCCACCCUGAAAAAGACCCAGGAGCCCAGCAGAGACAGCCUCCAUCCCAACUCAAACAUGUAUGGCAAGAGCUCCAACUCCCCGUCAAGCCUUCUACUCAACGGGUUACCCAUCCCUAAUCUGCCCAUCAACAACAUCCCGAUUAACAGCCUUCCUCACACUACUGUGUCACAUCAAUACAGCAAGAAGAGCCAGGAGCCCAGUGAAAACCUCAUGUAUCACAACGGAGAGCUCCCACAGGUCAACAUCCCCCAGCGUCAGGGCUCCCCACUGUUCUACAGACCCUCUCACUCCCCCACACCCUCACGCUCCAACUCCCCCUCUCCGCUUCCCUCAAGUAAAGCAGGGAAGUGGUUGUACUCAGCCCUCAAUGGUUCAUCUGAUCCCACCCAAGUGGAAGACUACAGUUCUGGUACCAGCAACACUGACCAGUCAAAGGCUCCCAUCCUAGAGCCUCUAAGAAGUUUCAAGAAUAUAUCCAUGGCUGAGUUGUCUCGGUGCCCUUCCCCAAGGCCUUCUGGAAAUGAAACAAAUCCCCUGAUUGGCUCCCUGCUGCAGGAGAGACAGGAAGUUAUAGCUCGAAUUGCACAAAGGCUCAAUUUUUGCGACCCGACAGCACCGCCAAUCCCCCCUGGUUUGUUUGCCUCUGACAACCCUCAGAAAGCCAUGUGGGGCAGUAACCACGAUGACAAAGCUGCCAGUAAGACCAAAGAACCUGAGAUGCACCCGUAUGAGUCUGUGGGACGCGUGAAGCCCGCCCUCUUCAACACUCCUGUGACAGAAACUUGUUUUGUCAAACGGGAGAGCUCCUCCCCCAAACCUGCAGCCUGCAGAAAGCUGAGAAUGACUGAGGCAGCAGACAGAGUGGAGGAGAGGAAUGGAGAUCUGACGGACAGAGAGAAGGAGAGUGAUAGGGACAGCUCCCUCAUCGCUCAGGCAGUGCAAGACAUCACCAGGCUCAUUCGGGAGAGACUGUCUGUCCCGUCUUUGUCCCCCAGGCACAGCCGGAGCACCAGCCCGCUGCACCAAGUGCACACAACCACAGUCACACACACCGUGCGCACAUACUCACACCCCCCACAAGCAUCACACCCUGCCAGCAAUGGCUACAUCAACGGCCACGUACCCAGCCAUGAACCUCAAAGAGGCAACACGCACAACGCUGCCUCACACCUGCCCGUUUGCACAGAAAAGUCCCAAGCUGGACCGAGGACCGAAUGUCAUUCUUCCCGGGCCCAAAAUGGUGCUCAGUUUACAAUUGAAGAAGCUUCACUCAACGGCCAGGCCGACACCCAGCCCGGCCGGCGUUUACGGGCUUCCCCGCAGGAGAAGCUCCGAAUCAGGACACCCAGCAGCCAUGAAACCCCGCCUGUCUCCCCCGUCCCGGAAAACAGUCCAAGGAAUACCCAGAUAUUCAGCUGGAAUAACCACGAUGCCAGCCCAGCUACAAACUGUUACAGAAUCCAUGACAACAGCAAGCCUCAGACUCGAUCUCAGUCACAGGCACAGAGCAGUGUGCCAGCUCAGGCUUCUGCUCUCCAGGAUGAGAACCAGGCACCCUCAGAGUUUGGGUCCUUCACAUCCAGUCCAGAAAUGACUCCAUCACCUUCAGUCCUCCGUCCUCACAGCCCCUCCCCCCUGCGUCCCUGCAACAGCUGGAAGAAACAGAAUCGCCACUCUCUGGAUGCCACGGCAACAAAGGCCUUCCACCCCUGCACUGGCCUGCCUCUGCUCUCUAGCCCCGUUCCUCAGAGGAAGAAUCAAACAGGUUACUUUGACCUAGACACCUCUCUGGCUGGCUGUAAGGGUUUGCCUUGGGCCUCUGGGAAAAGGGUGUGUCCAAAGGGAGAUGAGGGCACCGAUGAGUCACAUCAGCUGUUCAGCACCAGCGCUCCUCCUGCCAGUCUAAGCCUGCUGGGGAACUUUGAGGAGUGUGUGUUGAACUAUCGACUUGAGCCUUUAGGGACAGUAGAAGGUUUCACAGCAGAAGUGGGAGCCAGCGGCUCUUUCUGCCCAAGUCACCUGACCCUACCAGUAGAUGUGUCAUUCUACAGUGUCUCUGAUGACAACGCUCCCUCACCAUACAUGGGUGUGAUAAACCUGGAGUCCCUGGGGAAAAGGGGCUACCGUGUACCUCCGUCAGGAACCAUCCAAGUGACCUUAUUCAACCCCAACAAGACAGUGGUGAAAAUGUUUGUUGUGAUGUACAACCUAAGAGCCAUGCCAGCUGGACACCAGACCUUCCUUCGCCAGAGAACCUUUUCUGUUCCCGUUCGCCGCGACGCCAACAAUCAGAUCAACAGGAAGCCCCUCACCCCAGGCCAAGGCCGCACCCUGCGCUACCUCAUCCAUCUGAGGUUCCAGAGCUCAAAGUCUGGAAAGCUCUACCUUCAUAGAGAUAUCCGCCUGUUGUUCUCCAGGAAGUCCAUGGAGGUGGACAGUGGUGCUGCCUAUGAGCUCCAGUCCUUCACAGAGUCUCCCAUUGACCCUCCAUUUUCUUCUCGCUGCUGAAGCCCAAUGCCUCGUCCCUCCAUCCAACAGGCCAUUACUGAAACUUCAGAUGCACCUCGAAGCCAGCAUUAGACUCUAAGUCGCUCCAUUAGACUCCAUUGUGUGAAUUUGUUUUUUUGACAGAUGAGGUCUGAGGACGGCGGUUAACAAGUCCUGUUGACCUUCGUCCAAAGACUUGGGUUCCACACAAAAAAAUUAAAAUGGGGUCGAAAAAGAGCCUGAGAGACUUGUCAUAGAAACACUUUGUUGUUUGUGAAUUGCACAACCUUGGGACUGAGGGAUUUGCUGAGAAGUUAGCUAUAGGAGGAGUUUUUGCUCCUGUUUAAAAUGUUUCUGCCAUAUUUGAAUUGUUUUUCCUGGCAUUUGAUGCAUCCCCUCUAAGUGUCUGGCUCUGACGUCUGUAAAGACGGAGAAAUGUAAUCAAAGAAGUUCAGGUUGUUUUCCUUUGCCAGCACAAAUCAAAAUGUUAUUUUCCUCUCAGAAUAGUUACAUUUCUGUUAAUAUAGUUUCUAAAUUCCUUCUGAUUCAACGCAAUGCCCGUUAUUGGUAAGAUUCGUAUUUUGUGUUAACAUUAGAUUGAUUCUGGGGUCAUGUGAUUCCUGAGCUUGGUGUGACUGUUUAGAAGGAAGCGGGUGAAAUCCGGCUGUGGUGCAAUGCGUACAACGGACCAUCAAGGAACAUGCAAUCACAAUAAUGUACCUGAAAGCACCGCAGCAGAACAUCAAACAUGCACUGUGGAUUUUUUAUUUGGAUCUUCGUUAUAACUGGAAAUGGAACAGAAAAUAGUCAUAUUCUAAUACUUUUGUACUGUUACAAAAACCACUUUAUUGGAACUGUUGCAAUAGAAUGAGUAACCUUAGUUUAGUGUUUACACGUUCACUUUUCAAUUUACUUGCCAUCAGUUUAUUUAAUAUUUAAAUAAUAUUUCAGUUACUGUUUGACGUCUGUCAUGCUAAGAUGAUGUAGUGCAAAGUGUAUAUCAUAGUGUGUAUUUUUGACAUUAAUAUUCAAAUCUGAAAAAAUAUAUAUCUUAAAGCAA